CGUGAAAGCGGACGCGCGCCGCGGCAGCCGGGGCGGCGGCGAGGACGGCGGCCACGGCAGCGGCGAAGGGGGCGGUGGCGAAGAAGGGGGUGCGGAGCGGGCGGAAGAGGCGUCUGUGCCGUCUGCUAGGUCGCAGAGGAACAUCGUUGGGAUCAGCGACUAUCAUCUGUUCCACAAGAUGAGUAACAGCCACCCUCUUCGCCCCUUCACUGCAGUGGGGGAAAUUGAUCAUGUGCACAUUUUGUCUGAACAUAUUGGUGCCUUGUUGAUUGGGGAAGAAUAUGGCGACGUCACAUUUGUUGUGGAAAAGAAACGUUUUCCUGCCCACAGGGUAAUUUUAGCAGCCAGGUGCCAAUAUUUUCGAGCAUUAUUGUAUGGUGGAAUGCGAGAGUCUCAGCCUGAAGCAGAAAUUCCUCUCCAAGACACCACUGCAGAAGCAUUCACAAUGCUACUCAAAUAUAUCUACACUGGGCGGGCAACGCUGACAGAUGAGAAGGAGGAGGUGCUGCUGGACUUUUUGAGCCUGGCUCAUAAAUAUGGAUUUCCAGAGCUAGAGGAUUCUACCUCUGAGUAUCUCUGUACCAUACUGAACAUUCAGAAUGUCUGCAUGACUUUUGAUGUUGCCAGUCUCUACUCACUUCCCAAGUUAACUUGUAUGUGCUGCAUGUUUAUGGACAGGAAUGCUCAGGAGGUGCUCUCAAGUGAAGGUUUCCUCUCCCUUUCUAAGACAGCACUUUUAAACAUCGUGUUAAGAGAUUCAUUUGCAGCUCCCGAAAAAGAUAUUUUCCUAGCCUUAUUAAACUGGUGUAAGCACAAUUCAAAGGAGAAUCAUGCUGAAAUCAUGCAGGCUGUACGUUUACCUCUCAUGAGCCUCACAGAGCUUCUGAAUGUUGUGAGACCUUCGGGACUGUUGUCUCCUGAUGCCAUCCUGGAUGCCAUUAAAGUGCGAUCUGAGAGCCGGGAUAUGGACCUCAAUUAUAGAGGCAUGCUCAUACCAGAAGAAAACAUUGCAACUAUGAAGUAUGGAGCCCAAGUUGUAAAGGGGGAGCUGAAAUCAGCCUUAUUAGAUGGUGAUACUCAAAAUUAUGAUUUGGAUCAUGGAUUUUCAAGGCACCCAAUUGAUGAUGACUGCCGUUCUGGCAUCGAGAUUAAGCUAGGUCAGCCGUCCAUUAUCAAUCACGUACGGAUACUCCUAUGGGACCGAGAUAGUCGGUCUUAUUCAUACUUCAUUGAAGUAUCAAUGGAUGAACUUGACUGGGUUAGAGUGAUAGACCAUUCCCAGUAUCUGUGUCGUUCUUGGCAGAAAUUAUAUUUUCCAGCCCGUGUCUGCAGGUAUAUUCGAAUUGUUGGGACUCACAACACAGUGAACAAGAUUUUUCACAUUGUGGCUUUUGAAUGUAUGUUUACAAACAAAACCUUCACUCUUGAGAAGGGGCUGAUAGUUCCCAUGGAGAACGUUGCAACAAUUGCUGAUUGUGCCAGCGUGAUUGAAGGAGUCAGUCGGAGCCGAAAUGCCUUGCUGAAUGGGGACACUAAGAAUUAUGAUUGGGAUUCUGGCUACACAUGUCACCAGCUAGGAAGUGGUGCGAUUGUGGUUCAACUAGCACAGCCAUACAUGAUUGGGUCAAUACGGUUACUACUGUGGGAUUGUGAUGAUCGAAGCUAUAGCUACUACGUUGAGGUUUCUACCAACCAGCAACAGUGGACCAUGGUUGCUGACAGAACUAAAGUCUCCUGCAAGUCCUGGCAGUCAGUGAGUUUUGAAAGGCAGCCUGCCUCCUUCAUCCGUAUCGUUGGGACACACAACACAGCAAAUGAGGUGUUCCACUGUGUCCACUUUGAGUGUCCAGAGCAGCAGAGCAGCCAGAAGGAGGAAAAUAGCGAGGAAUCAGGGACAGGGGACACCAGUCUGGCCGGUCAGCAGCUCGACUCCCAUGCCCUGCGGGCGCCCAGUGGCAGCUCACUACCCUCCAGCCCAGGCUCCAACUCACGCUCCCCCAACCGGCAGCACCAAUAAAGGAGGCAGCGGGCCUGGUGUGACUGGUGGGCUUGGGCGACGGCAGGAAACGGUCUCCUCCCUGAGCAGGGGUCUUUGUUGACUGCCCCCGCCCCUGCCCCUUUCCAGUGAGGAGCUGCGAAAGCAGACACCGAACAGGUUUCCUCCCAAGGCAGAAAGGGGCUGCUUUGUUCUUCUCAAUUUGUCCAAAUCAGGCUGGUCUCGAGGGGGAGAAAAUGGGUCUUCAGUCUUCAUCAAGUCCGCCAUUCACACCCUACCUCUCUCAUCUAGCCCAGGCGCAGGGAACAGGAGGGUCAUAGACAGGCCCGUGUUGGAAUACAGAAAUGGCACACAAACACUCAGGCGGAGGAGAAAGCAUCAGGCCUCUGCUGCCUGGAGGCGCCCUUUAGGAACGGGCUUCCUCAGAGCGUUCGUUCUGCUGGAAAACAUUGCCCUGGCAACUAAAUGAUUUU